AAAUUUAAAAAACCUGAUCGAACAAGUAGCUAUAGGAUAGUUCUGUUCAAGAAUAAAAUAAAAUUGAAUGUUUUAUCAUUUUUUGAAGAUGGGAGGAUUUCCACCCCUCGCUGCAUUUUCAAAAAAAUUUGGGGGGAGGUUUUUGUUUUUUUGACAAUAAUUCAAAAGCUGUUCGGCCGAUUUCGAAAAAAAAAAUCGACCACAGGCAAUGGGAAGGGGCUUAAAGAAAAGUGUGAGACUUUCAUCAAAAUCGGCAAGAAAAAUUAAAAAAUCGAAAAAAAAAAAACAUGAUGGAAGGCAUGUAACAAGAUAUUGUCAUGCCCUGGUUUGUGCGCGAGUGCUACUAUCAACUUUUAAUUAUGCUUCUCAUGUACCACAGGCUAUAUUCAUAAUGCUGGAUGUCCUCGGAGUUUAAAUUCCAGUCAGGUUUGCUAUACCUGUUGUAACAUAGUUCGUUGGCUAGCUGGUAAGGCUGUAUCACGUUUGACAAGAAAUGAUUAAAUUUUACCCAUAAUUUGAAGACUAAUAAAUUUACAUUAUCACAAGAUUAUAACAUUAAACCAUUCAAAUUCUACAGUGACAAGCAUCCUGCUGGUGCGCAUGGAGAGGCCACACUGCACAGUUGCUAUUGACGGAUCCCUCUUCCAGUAUCACCCGAGAUUUAGACCGCUCAUGGAAAGGCUCAUUGCAGAGUUUGCUCCCGGCAGACCAUUUAACCUGCUGCUGGUUCACGAUGGCUCGGGGAAAGGAUCAGCUUUAGCAGCUUCCAUUGCUGAGAGACUGCAGAAAAGGCUGGGAAAAGGAAAGGCGAAUCCACUUGGAGGAGGCAGCAGCCAAGGAGUCCCUCAUCCAUCUCCCCAAAUCUAGAGCUUGCCAAAAUUGGACUUGGAAAAGAAAUAGCUACUGCUUUCACAAGCCCUUUCAAAUCCUGAAAAGAAAAGCAGAAAAAAUAUGAAUAUAAUUCUGGCUUUCGAAAAAAUGGUGGAAAAUAUUAUUCAAGUUGAUGUACAUCAACUUUGUAAGAUAUGUUAUUCUCUGAUGUGAGUGACAAUUUUUAUUUUUUAUUUUUCAUAAUUUUUUUUUCUUAAAGACAAAGCUAAACAGUUUACACAAAAUUAUCCUUAUGCUAAUAUAGAUUCCUUUGUUGUUCAAUAAACAAUAUCCAGUUAGUGA